AUGAGCCGGAACACCUUUAAAGUCCUGCUUUGCCUUGUCACUGCUGCUGUCUCCGUUCAUGCACAGGCAGCUGCAUACGCUCAAUGUGGUGGUAUCGGUUGGACUGGCGCUACAACUUGUGUGAGCGGCUCAACUUGCGUCGCACUGAGAUACCGGUCAUUCGUAGCUCAAUGUGUACCUGGUAUCGUCUCUUCGACUACAUCUACCCCCACCGCGUCGUCAUCUGCGCCGUCAAGCUCAGGGAGCUGUGUACCCAAUAGCCCACCAUCCACGGCGGGUCAACUGAAGUUCACUGGUGUGAACAUCGCCGGAUUCGACUUCGGUUGCUCGUCUGAUGGCACGUGUAAUGCGAGUGGCGCCUACCCGCCCUUAACUCAAUACUAUGGUGCUGAUGGCGCGGGACAGAUGCAACACUUCGUGAACGACGACGGUUUCAAUACCUUCCGCCUUCCAGUCAGUUGGCAGUUCCUGACCAACGAUAUUCUGACUGGUGUCAUCAACGAAGACAAUUUCACCGAGUAUGACGCCUUAGUUCAAGCCUGCCUAGACGCGGGUGCCUACUGCAUUAUUGAUGUUCACAACUACGCCCGAUGGAAUGGCGAGAUAAUUGGUCAAGGUGGUCCCAGCGACGACAUGUUUGCAUCCAUCUGGGCCUCGAUAGCUGCCAAAUACGCUGACAACUCCAAGAUCAUAUUCGGAGUAAUGAACGAGCCGCACGAUGUUCCGGACAUCAAUUUGUGGGCUGGCAGCGUCCAGGCCGCGGUUACUGCUAUUCGAAACGCCGGUGCUACGACACAAUACAUUUUGCUUCCCGGAAACAACUGGACGAGCGCCGCAACUUUCAUCAGCAACGGCUCGGCGGAUGCUCUGAACAAAGUUGUCAACCCAGACGGUACGAAGGACUUGCUCGUCUUCGAUGUUCAUAAGUAUCUCGACUACGAUAACUCCGGCACGAACUCGGAGUGCGUCACGAACAACAUUGCGGACGCUUGGGAGCCGCUUACCCAGUGGCUCCGAUGUAACGGCCGUCAAGCUUUUAACACCGAAACCGGCGGGGGGAAUGUUGCGUCUUGCGCACAGUACAUGUGCGAACAGGUUGCGUAUCAGAAAGCCAACUCGGAUGUUAUUCUCGGAUAUGUCGGAUGGGCUGCGGGGAACUUCUACCAAGGUUAUGUUCUGAGCGAGGUCCCUACGGGCCAGAGCGGCGGCACCUGGACAGAUACUCUCCUUGUUUCGAGCUGCCUAGCACCGAGUGCCAACAUAGCGCCCAGCGCUGAGGCAUAA